GAAAAUACUGCGUUUACGCGGGUUUUCUGUGAGGGCUGCUGAAGACUUGACGAAACUCUUACCUAAAUCUGGCAACCCUGAUCUUAAAACUGGUUCUGACAGAGUUUUCUACUGUCAACUACACGACACUCAUUAUAGCCAAGAACUGUUUGGGGAAACCACGCGCUUUUAAAGAUAAUGAAAUAUACGUUGUUUAAUACGUCUAAAUUAAUGUCGUACACAAAAGUAUCAACAUUAUCAGCUAUAGUCAGGGCACGUUCUGAUAACAUCAGAAGAAUAUGCUUGUCUCAGGGGAGAUUUCGGUCUUCGGUCGCAUCUACGCAACCUAAAGAGGUUGAAGGAGGGAAAGAGCAACACGUUGAUGGCUGCAAGGUAGUGAAAGCUGUUCAGGCGGAUCUGAUCAGCCAAACUGAAAAGGGCACAGAUGGUCCAACACAGAAGAUCGCAAUAGACUUUGAUAAUACUCGAGAAGCUUACAAAAGUAAAGAUAACAUUGAGUUGCUUAGAAGUCUAUUGGUCUUCAAGCUUUGCACAUUCGACUUCCUCGUUGACAAGAACAAGGAGUUGAUGGACCUCAGUAAGAAGGUCUUUGGCCAGCAACUGUUUGAAAGUCUUAUGAAAAUGACAUUCUACGGACAGUUUGUUGCUGGUGAGGACCACAACUCCAUUAAGCCUCUGAUCCAUAAGAACCAGGCCUUUGGCGUUGGUUCGGUCCUAGACUACAGUGUGGAGGAGGACCUGACCCAAGAAGAGGCAGAGAAGAAGGAGAUGGACGCCUGUGUGUCCGAAGCUGAAAAGGAAAGCCCAGGCAUUGACCACCGCGAGAAGAAGUACAAGGCUCACCGUCAGUUUGGGGAUCGCCGAGGGGGUGUGAUCAGUGCCAGGACAUACUUCUAUGCUGAUGAGGCCAAGUGUGACAACCAGAUGGAGACCUUCCUGAAUUGCAUCAAAGCCUCAGGGGGGGCCUCAGUAGAUGGAUUUUCUGCCAUUAAGAUGACGGCCCUGGGACGCCCCCAGUUCCUGCUCCAGUUCUCAGAGGUACUGGUGAAAUGGAGGAGGUUCUUCAACCUGCUGGCAGCACAUCAGGGGAAGUCUGGCAUGGAUGCACUGGAGCAGAAACUGGAACUGGGACAGCUGAAGGAGAGUUUAACCAAGCUGGGGGUUGGUAAUAAAGACGACAUCGAGAACUGGUUUACUGGAGAAAAAUUGGGCUCAUCGGGAACAAUAGACCUUCUGGACUGGAAUAGCUUGAUCAACGACAGGACAUCCAUCUCAAACCUGCUCGUCAUUCCCAACUAUGAGACUGGUCAACUGGAGCCUUUGUUGAGUAAAUUCACAGUUGAAGAGGAGAAACAGAUGAAAAGAAUGCUGCAGAGAGUGGAUGUUCUCGCCAAGCAUGCAGUGGGAAAUGGGGUGCGGCUGAUGGUGGAUGCUGAGCAGACAUAUUUCCAGCCGGCCAUCAGCAGACUGACCCUGGAGAUGCAGAGGAUUUUUAACAGGGAGAAACCCAUCAUCUUCAACACCUACCAGUGCUACCUCAAGGAAGCCUAUGACAACGUGUCAGUGGACGUGGAGCUGUCCCGGCGUGAGGGAUGGUACUUUGGGGCCAAGCUGGUGCGUGGAGCUUAUAUGUACCAGGAGCGGAGCAGGGCGAAGGAGAUCGGCUAUGAGGACCCCAUUAACCCAGACUACGAAGCCACUAACCGGAUGUACCACAAGUGUUUAGAGUUUGUGUUGGAGGAGAUCAACCAAAACCGAAAGGCUAAUGUCAUGGUGGCAUCUCACAAUGAGGACACGGUUAAAUUCACCCUGGAAAAGAUGAACGAGAUGGGGCUGUGCCCCACAGAGAACAAGGUCUACUUUGGACAGCUGCUUGGCAUGUGUGACCAAAUCAGUUUCCCACUAGGCCAGGCUGGGUUCCCAGUGUACAAAUACGUCCCGUACGGACCAGUCAACGAGGUUAUCCCCUACCUGUCUCGCCGGGCCCUGGAGAACCGGGGCAUAAUGAAGGGGUCCCAGAGGGAGCGGAGCCUGCUAUGGAAGGAACUCAAACGCAGGUUCCUUAAUGGACAGAUCCUCUACAAGCCUGUCUAUUGAGCUCCCUGACAAUGUGGCACCAUGCCCCUCUGAAACAUUCCAAUAUCCAGGCCGAACCUGGCCUGGACACAGUGGGUCAAAUCCCCAUGUCUUUAGAAUGGACAGUAGGUAGGUGUAUCUAGAGAUAUUCACCUCUGCUCUCUUCUCUAUUCAUUGCUGCUGAAAAUGUCCUCAUUAUAUUCAGUGCCUUCAGAACGUAAUGAUCCCCCUUGGCUUUGUCCACAUUUUGUUGCAUUAGAUCUUUAAGUUGGAUUUGAUUGUCAUUACUUGUCGGCCGUCUACACAGUGUACACUUGUAUUUUCUGAAAUGAAUAACAAAUAAAACAGAUAACUUGAUUACAAAAUUAUUCCACACCAAGUCAACAUGUUCCAUGCACAUUUGUCGGCAAUGACCACUGUGAGACUAUUUACGAACAUCUCUAAGAGCUUCGCACACCUGGAUUGAACAAUAUUUGCCUAUUGUCUUAAACACUCUUUAAGCUCUGUCAAGAUGUGUUGAUCAUUGCUAGCUCGCCAUUUAGUUUUUGAGUUUUUUAAGAUUAUGUUCUUGCCAACUUAAUCCAUUUAAAAUUCAGACUAAGACACACAUAAACAUGUGAAAAAGUCAAGGGAGUUCAAUACUUUCUGAAUGCACCCAACCUGUAUGUAUGGGAGUUUGUACGCUAGCUCAAGUCUUUACUGAGACUGCUUUUACUUGUCUUUACUGUGGUUCCUCUACCCAACUGCGUUAUACAUUAGCAUGAACUAUUUGCCUAACAGGGAUGUUCCACCUUGGUACUUACCCACAAAAAAGUAUGUUCUUCUCCAACUCCGUCAAAAGUUCUUCCUGUUUUAGAAGUACCCACUGGGCAGAGUGGAGAGGACGCCAUAAGGACCAUAGGAUAAAGGGCGCACAGGAACAGCAGGAUGUCAUAGUCUUGUUAUUUCUAGUAAUGAGCCACAGGGUGAUUUUAGUUUGAGUGGAUGGCUGGGGGCCCGGAACAUAAUUAGCACCUGGCAUCCCACUGUUUGCUUGCCUCUGAAGCUUAGCAGUGUUGGUCCUUGUUGGUCUGCUGGAAGUGGUGUUGGAGAGCCAGUAGGGGCAGGCUCGCAGGCCCUAAGAAAACAACUGUUUUGUUGCCAGCCCCUGCUCUAGAGCUUAAACGAUUUAAACCAAGAAUGUGUUCACUGCCUCAACUUGGUGCGCUUGAGAUUUGUUUCUUCAUAACUGUUAUACAUACAAUAUGUAACCGUUCGUUUCAAUCUGUGAACUGUUAAAUUAAAAUCUUGACUAAAAUCUUAAAACGACAGUUCACGUUUGGACCAUCGAUUCUUCAGGAACAUAAUUUAUAAAUGCCGCCUUAGUUUAGUUUACCUCUCAGACUUCAUCAGAACUAAAAGUACAAGGUUAUUUCACUCCAGUGCUUGUACACAGUAAAUGUAAACAAGCAUUUUAUUGCUUAAAAAAUUGUUAAAACCUGAACUUGAUAUCAUGGAUGGUCAGUCUUCUCAUCCAUAGCUCUGAAUUUCAGAGGUUUAUUUUGUCCUUUAGCUUUUUACUGAAAUGGGUUGUGCAGCUACUGACUGCUGCUUUAAUUUAUUGCUGCUUUGGGACCUGUCUUUAUUAACUAUGGGAAGAGUUGCCCUUUCUGUUUUUCUGAACUCUGGAUAGUUGGUGGCCUUUUUAAAGGCAUUUUGUAAAUAAUUUGCUCAUGUGAUUUUUUUUGUUGCUUUGAUGCUGUUAUCAAACUGAUCACAUGUGUAACCCAUUAAAUACUUAAUGUCUUUCACCACAAGAA